AUGGCGGUGGGUUGGGGAGGGAUAAGCCGGCUCUGUAGGCAUGUCACUUUUGGUGUGCUUGUUUCGGGAUUUUCACUGCCAAUUGGAGCCUACUGUUAUGCUGAAUUGGGAACAUUGAUCAAAAAAUCCGGUGGUGAUUAUGCUUAUAUCAUGGAAGCAUUCGGCGAUUGUGGUAGACCUUGCACAGUGACAAUUGUUGCGUUGACCUUUGCAAUCUACAGCCUUCGACCAUUUUAUCCAAAUUGUCCUCCACCAGAAUGGGCACCGGAAUUGCUGGCUGUUUGUCUCAUUGUUUUGAUGACAGCAAUCAACUGUAUUUCUAUUCGAGCUGCCACUUUUGUUCAAGACUUUUUCACUGUUGCUAAAGUUUUUGCUCUUAUUAUGAUUAUUGGUGCUGGUGGGAUUCUUCUUUGCUUAGGAAAACCCCAGUACUAUGCUUCUUUGGAAAAUCUUUCCGAGGGAACUUCUCAAAGUAUCUUCUUCAAAUUCGGAGUCCUUCUAUCGCUUGCCCAUCUCGUUUUAUCAAAGGAUGUCUAUGCUCUCAUCAAUUACAUUCAAAUCAGUUAUUGGCUAGCCAUCACUGCCCAAUGGCCGCGACUUUUCUACUUCAGAAAAUUGAUGCCCGAUGCGCCAAACCCACCAAAG